GUACGACGUCGUUACAAUGAUUGGAUGGCCAAAGAGAUUCAUCAAUUAACUCCUACUAGAUGUAUUCGCAAACCAGCAUACUCAACUGUUGCACAGUGGGUUAAAGAAUCUUGGGAAGAA